AUGAGGGCAGUUCCUGCGCCAGCACCCAGCUCCCGCAGCGCCCACCGACUCCUCCGGCUCCUCCACCCCGCUCCCACCCUCCCAGGCGCCUCCCAGGCCACCAGGGGGGCCCCCCGGGGGCCCCCACAGUCCGCCCCGCCCCCCGCCACAGUGCGCACCCGCCACGCCAGCACACCACACGACUCAGGCUCCAGGAGUCCUGCCCCCCAGGCCCCCGAUAGGCCCCGCAGGACCGCCGCCUGGCGCUUCCUGCCAGAACGGAGCCUUCUUCCACUCGCCAUCUGCCUACUGGCCAGCAUGGCAGGCAUGGCUGCACAGCAUGGCCAGCUCUCCUCUGGCCGCUCAGCUCGCCACCUCACGGCUCACACCCUCACGGCGAUCUCUGGGGCUCACACUGGCCUCACGUUCCCACUUCUGUUCACUUAUCCCACUCCCACACCCCCCACACCCCCACCAACCACACAUCACCGGGCCGGCAGGUGGCACCACGGGCACCAGGACAACCACACACCACACCAUCACUCCACCAGGGGCCACACACACUCACCAGGAGAGGAGGAAGAGGGGGGGGCACAGAACACACUAAAGAAGAGGAACGAGGGAGGUUCAUGUUCUUUCACAACACAGCAGAGUACAGCAAGUUUCAACAGGCAGAACAGUUAG